AUGGUUCUGACAAGCCAGGUCCCGUCGAACACCGAGCUCGACAUUGUGCUUACCGCGGUGUUCGCGGUCUUUCUGUACGAAUUCGUGGGGUUGGUUCUCACGGACAGCACCUACCCGCUGGGAUUUUUCUUCUGGAUGGACCUCAUCGGCACUCUCUCGAUGCUGUUCGACAUCUCCUACAUGCUGGGGUCCGACGCCACGGUUCCGGAGAAGGUGCGCGACAGCAGCGCCAGCGACAAUGUCAUUCUCGUCCGCGCAGCGCGCGCGGCGAAGCUGGGCGCCCGCGCGGGGCGCCUGAGCCGGGUGCUAAAGAUCCUCCGGUUCAUGCCGUUCUUGUACGUCCGGCAGACCGACCAGAGGAAGGUGAAGAUGGCGACCGUGAUUACCAACCAGUUGAACACCGUGCUGGCACAGCGCGUCGCCUUUCUGACCAUUAGCAUCGUGGUGAUGAUGCCUGUCUUCAACUUGUUCGCUUACCCCGAGAGGGACUACUCAUUCACCACGUGGGCCGAAUUGCUCGCGAAGAACGUGAAGGAAGGGCCGAGCGAAAUUUAGCGGCCUGUUGAUUCGGUUGUCCCCUUCACUUGGCAGGUGCCUGACCGAGGAUGCUGCCCAGGGCAGGGGAGGCUGGAGGCCUCCAGUGGGACCCGUUGGGUCGUUUGGUGGUGUGCUUGCGGGCCACCGCGAAAGGACAUCUGUCCGAGAGGGCUGGCUUGGGGUCGAAACGAAUGCGGGCAUUGAUCGCUCUCUUUCUUGUGUUUUAAGCUGUUCCGCUGUCGCCGUCGCAUCGACAUUUGCAAUAUGUCGCCUGCGAAACGGCAGUCCCUUUCAGCACCGGGCAGCGAUUGUUCUUGGACAAUCAUCUCCAUCGGCACUGUCCUUGUGUUUGGCGUGCCGAGAUCCGUCCCUUUCUCCCCUCGCCUUCCUCGCAGAAGGCUCUUAAGCAGGAAGGGGGGCCGCCUUGGGUCCUGUUGCCUCCGCAUCGGCUGCGGCUAUAGACCCGCUUCGUUGAGGCCUGACCCUUACUUUCUUGAAUGCCGAUCGGCCCUUCCCUCAUCCUCCGCCCUUCUGCCUCAUCCUCCCUGUUCCUCUCCCCCCUCCUUCCUCCAUCU